GGAGGAGGACGGGAGACGCCCCCCUGGCUGCUUCGGGAAAGCGGAAAGAAACCGAAACUAACUCUAGUCUCUCCUCCCCUUCGUAGAGGCAGCCAUGGCGGCCGAGGGUGCCGUCCGGGAGCUCUGCGAGGAGGCCUCUUGCUCCAUCUGCCUGGAGUUCUUCCGGGACCCGGUGGCCAUCGCCGAGUGCGGCCACAGCUUCUGCCGGGCCUGCCUGACCCGCAGCUGGGGGGAGUCGGGGGCCGCCUCGUCCGAGCCUUCCUGCCCCCAGUGCCGCGGAAAGGCGCGGGAGGGGAGCCUCCGCCCGAACCCGCAGCUGGCCAACUUUGUGGAAAUCGCCAAGAAGUUCAGGCCUUCGGAAGGGGAGGGGGCAGAAGCCAAGGGGGGAGAAGGCGAAGGGGGCGUCUGCGAGAAGCACGGGGAGCCCCUGAAGUUUUUCUGCCGGGAGGACGGAGCCCCCCUCUGCGUGGUCUGCAGCCGGUCCCGGGAGCACCGAGGUCACCAGGUGACUCCCCUGGAGGAGGAGGAGGAGGAGAAGACAAUUGUGGCAGCUAGAAAGGAAAGCGUUUGCCAGAAGCACCAGGAGCCGCUGAAGCUCUUUUGCAAGGACCACGAAGCCCCCAUCUGCGUGGUUUGUGAGCAGUCCCAGGAGCACCAGUAUCACGACAUCGUCCCUGUGGAGGAGGCCUCCCAAGAGUACAAGGAUCAGUUCUGCACUUGUGUGGAGAUUCUGCGGAAGGAGAGGAACAGAAUCCUGGCGUACAAAGACAGUCUAGUGAAGGAGAGCCAAGACCUCCUCAGGCAAACCAAAGGAGAGCGGCAGAAGACGCUGACCAAGUUCAGGCAAUUACAGAAGUUUCUGGAAGAACAAGAGAAACUUUUGCUGGCCCAGAUGGAAGAGGUGGAGAAAGAGGUGGAAAAAAAAAGAGACCAGCACCUGUCCAGACUCUCUGAGGAGCUCUCCUCUCUUGAGAGCCUCAUCCGGGAGAUGGAGGAGAAGCAUCGGCAGCCAGCCAGUGAUCUCCUGCAGGAUGCCAGAAGCACCUUGCAGAGAGCAAGGGGUCCCCCAACUGUUCUGAGGUGGCAGGCACCUUUGGAAUUCCGACGUGUGCUGGGCACAGCCACAGAAGGUGGUGCCAUCCACGAUUCAUGA